AGUUGAAGUUAGGCCGUUUCUGAUAACCAGUGGGUUGCAUUGGGAUGUAAAACCGCCUUAAUGUAAUUUCAAAUUAAGUUAAAUUACAUACACCUUCUUGCUUUUUUUUUUUCGCGAAUACCUGUGCAAGUGCUUUCUUUGUAUUUUUUUUAUUGACGUGAUAGUAGAAUAUGUUGUCGCACAAAAUGCAGUGCCGGCUACUCAGUAUGUAGUGCCUGUUUAACAUGCGGCAAAGCUAUAUUUAUUGUUUUGUAUAUUCUUGCGCACAGUUUUGUAGGAGGAAAGCCAGACGAACUAAUUUACGAACACACAAAGACGAUAUCACGUACAUACGAUAUUUAUUGUUUUGUAUAUUUUUGCGCACAGUUUUGUAGGACGAAGGCCAGACAAAGUAAUCUACCCACACACAAAGACGACAUCACGUACGUAUGAGUGAGAACACCACCACAACAUUUUAUAGAAAGAUCUGAAAGCUACAAUGCGAAUAGCAGCAACAUCACACAACACAGUGACGUUCCGAUACGCCUUCUGCUUCGCUGUGGGUGCCCGCUCGUCAUCUGCUUUCCAGCUGGUCACCGCGUUGAAGUCGCUGGGAUACCCGAGCCUCGCACGACUCCGUGUUUGUUCAGCGUCGCCGUCUACGGCAUGUGUGUUUGUGUGUGUUGCCCGCACUGUGCGCGGCUGAAUCGACGAGGAAGCUGUGGCGGCCCAGCCACCGGGGCUCUGUAGCCAGCCUCGUCCGCCGCCGCCCCUGCUUUAACCUUGGCUCGCGCGAUCGUUCGACGGCUCUCGAAAAGUCUCCUCGUCACCAUCGCCACCGAGGCGUCGUCGGCCGUGCAGUUCGCGGGGAUUAUGUACUUGCCUUCGGUUUCGGGAGAGUGAGUAGUGGAUGUUUGUUCUCGACGGGGGGUCGUCUGACGCGUGAACACAUUCACACUCGUCUCUGUAGCGCUCAUCGGGUUAUCUCUCGCCUGCCUUUGAGAUGCGUCCAUUUUAGGCGUUGUGGCCUCGCCUGUGUACAUCGCGACGUGCUCCCUGCGACAGUCGCGUCGAUAUGGCGUCUCAUCUGCGUCGCUGGUACCAAGUUAAGGCGAUGGCACCCAUGCUGACGGCGGCCAUGUUCUACGCCAUGUGCAACGCCUUCUCUCGCUGCUGCCCCCCGGACAGCGUGACCAUGCCGUGCCGGUGCUCGGGACCCAACACCUUCACCGUGCUCACCUGCGACGGACUCAUCUCCACGCGACAGGUGGAACGGGUGGCGUCCCGGCUAGCAAGCCACACCCUGGACUACGGAAAGUUCAGCAUGUCCAACGCCAAGGUGAUGAAGCUCGAGCGGGGAAUGUUCGGCGACCUGCGCUUCGAGUACAUCCAGGUGAAGAAGUCCACCGUGGUCCAGGUGGACGACGGCGCGUUGGAGCCAUCGCGCGACACCCUGCGCCGCCUGGAGGUGGUCCACUGCGAGCUCAAGUCGUUCCCCUUCCAGAAUGUUUCCACCUUCCCGAAGCUGGAGAGUCUCUCGCUCCAGUACAACAACCUUAAGGCGGUGCCGGACUACGCCUUCAGGUACAAUCCCGGUCUGAAGAAGGUCGACCUGUCGUUCAACAAGAUCGCCUACGUGGGCAACUACGCCUUCUACUACGUGCCCUUCCUGGAGGAGCUCAACCUGCGCAACAACAAGCUGAAGGUGCUCAACAACAACGCGUUCACCGUGCACGUCAAGCCCAACAACGACAUGGUGCUCGACCUGUCGCACAACCAGAUCGUGCUGAUCGCCGAGAACGCGUUCCACAACGAGAACUUCCGCCUGCUCAACAUGUCGCACAACCGGCUGCGGUCCUUUCCCGAGAGGCACUUCCGGCCUCUGCUGGUGCGCAUGGCCGUGCAGCUGGAGGGAACCAUCGACGUCGAAGGCAACCGGAUGAACUGCACGUGCGGCUCGCUGGAGUGGCUGCUUCGCAUGCAGCCGUACUACCGGCGCUUCGUCAAGGGCUUCGUGUGUGCCGAGACGCACAAGACGCUCGAGCACAUGACCACGUGGGACCUGGACUGCGCCCACGGAGGUCAACAGGACGAUGAGCAGAAGCCAUACCUGAGGAGGGCCUGAUCGACGCGGCCGCUUGCGCGACUGCCCCGCGGAUCGCAGACACGGGCUUUAGGAGUUGUCCGUAAACGCUGCACUACCGUUUGCGGAAUACCGGACUACGGCUGCGAGAACGCUGGUAGCGCAUGUUGCGACGCAGAGUUCAACCAGGGAGUGCAGAAAGCCGCUGACUAAAAAUAUCACACUUAGCUGCUGGUGUAACGCCGUUGGCAGCUACGUAAUCGUUAACGUGAAGUCCUUUUAUGAUUCUCCCUCGACGAAAACACUCAUGCAAUACAGAAAUAUCUCAAACUUGCUGUAGUUGGAUAAAGCGCCGCAAGAUGUCGCUACCAGUUCUGCUACUGCGUUAGAUGGCUACGGUAACCCAGUAACCCGUAAACUGUAACAAGUUCAGAAAAAGACAAAAAGAAGCUGAAACCCUAAGCUUUCCUGCUGGUCUAGGAAACUUGGGCUCGAUCUGGUGCAGUUAAUGGUUCGGUCGAGUUACUAAGCGCAGCCCGAAUUCAGCGAGCGCUAGCAUAUCUCCCGGUACUCCCUUCGCGUCGCAGAUACAUGGAUCGUGAUUCAGUGCAUUUGUGUACAUCUAGACGCUGAGAAAACUCCGGGACAGACACGAGUCUACUGUCUACUGUCAUUUAACGCAGCUCGGCCUAGGAGCCGCGGCACCGUCCAGACAACAUAUGUUGUUGCUGUGAUGAGGACCACAGCACUGCUUUCUUCACUCUCAACCUGUAAUAUUUCACCCUUCUUACAAAGGAGAACACGUGCACAAUAGCAUAUUCAGUAAAUUUUAAAUUGCCCAAAACUAACAACACCUUUUGUCAGCGCGAAUUCUUGAUAGCACUGACAGUGCUUUUUUUUUUUUUUUUUUUUUUGAGAGGCAGUUACGCGGCUCUCACUAUUCGCAAAGAAAGAAGAAAAAAAAAGAAGAAACCUAGGCGGGUGAAAUUCAUGAUACUCGAGAGCGAGCAAGAAGAAGCGAAACUAUCGUUGUUUCAAACAGCUAUCGUUGUUGAAAAAAACAACAACAACAACCUGUAGAUGGGUGUAGACCUCUCGGUACACUUGAUCUGCGUGUGACUGCUCCUGCGUUCUGAGGCCUGCAUCAUUAUCGUAACCAUAAUACCAUAUUCAUCACCAUAAUUCAGCCCACUUCAGGUCUGUUUGUAGGACGAAAGCCCGACCCUCCAUUAACAGGGCUCCGUUCAGUGCAUAGGAUGAAGGCGACAGAUGUGCUUGCAAGUUUCCUGUUAGUCCGCCGAAUUAUUCUCCGCCGUUAAUUUCAUUUUCCUUCACUUGCGUCCAUUUUGUUACCCAAACACACCUGAUAUCAGUUGUACAUGGUAGCUAUCCUACGCCAUAUCUCUCUCCUAAUCUAAGCUAGAAUAGGAUGUAGUACGGUUCGUAGCUAGCUGGGCGAGUCGGUACAUGUGCAUUAUUGUUACUGCGCACACUAAUGCAGAAUAUGAUGUACAUGUGUUGGCAUUGUAAUUCACACCAUCAUAUUUCUAUUUCAUAAGACUAAGAUAUAUUCCGGCGCCAACGCCCGUUUUUAUAUUAAAAUACACGUAUGACGCCGAAAUGCUCGCAUUAGAUAACCGCUGAACCGAUUUAAAUAAACGAUGUUACACUUAUGAAACUAAGCCUAUUGUUAGCGAUUAUAGGAAGCACAGUUUAUAGUAUCUCUCUCUCUCUCUCUCUCUAUAUAUAUAUAUAUAUAUAUAUAUAUAUAUGUGUGUGUGUGUGUGUGUGUGUGUGUGUGUGUGUGUGUGUGUGCGCGCGUGCGUGCGUGUGCAAAUCCACAACUCUGCACGAAAAACAGAUGUCGCAGUUUCGUAAACUGCACCUUAUAUAGAACAUUCAAUGAGGGCAAACGUGAUACCUGGGGUUAAAGUUUAUGUGAGAUUGCUACAAUGGUUGCGAGUGUCUUGCAAACGCUCUACUCACGAAUUAGUGGUACAUUUUAGUGUAGCGUGUACAUGUCACACUAUGUGCAUUUUGCAAAAUAGUGGUGUGGCAUUUACCGAGUUUGAGUUGUAAGCUUGAUACGUAUUAAAAACUAAAAUGUUCGCAACUUUUGUAAAAGAAAUGACGCCUUGUUGAAAUAAAAAGAUCUUGUUGAUACAUUCGGUA